AUGGCGUCGAGACAACACUCCAGCCCAAGGCAACCCUUUUCCGACUUGACGAACGAUGCCUUCGUGACACCAAAUUCCCCGUCAAGAGCAAAGCGACGAGCUGACGACUGCGAUGGCGUAAAUAAACGUAUCAAAUGCUCGGACGCGGAGACAGAGACAAAAUUUGAAGGAGGCAGCAGUGAGGUGGAUAUUGACAUGCUUGACGUGGACGUUGUGCGUCCUCUCCCGAGAAGACAGCGACCAGGAGUCUAUGGAGCAUUGCAGGCAUUACGGAUGGGCAAUCCUGGAGCUCGUCGCUUUUUAUCUUUUCCUACUUUAAAAACUUUGGAGUCAUUCGUAUCCUCAAACAAAGCAGAUAUAUUCAAAUGCCAAUCGAUAGAUGCUAACUCGUUCUUGACGCCUCCGUACGCGUGCGCGUUUUCAAAUGCUUCAAAGAGAGGUCAAUCUUUGACACUUGCUGUUGCCACCGAGCAAGGCACAGUGGAUAUUCUCAACACAAAGAAAAGACAGGACUGGGAUCCAGAACCAUCCCGGACCACCUUGCAGAUCCACAACAAUGGUAUCUUUGACGUGAAGUGGAGUCCGUCUGACGCGCGCAUUGCUACUGCAUCGGGUGAUCGCACCGUUGCGAUUACGGACCCUAACUCUUCUGGUGGUACUGCCCUUUAUUCUUUGAACGGAGGGCAUUUCCAUACGGUCAAGUGUGUUGCAUGGGAUCCGGCGAGUAACAAUCUUCUAGUCAGUGGAGGUCGCGACGGCUGUAUAUUUCUUUGGGACCUGCGAACAAGUGGUGCAGGAAACUCUGAACAAGGAGAGUCAGACGGGCGAUGGAAGCCCGUUCUGAGCUUUCCCUAUGCCCAUGAGGUUGUUCCUGGCAAGGCGGCUAAGAGAGGACGGACGUCUCUUGCUCCUAAGAGCGUCACGUCAAUUGCGUAUCUUCCGGACUCUUCUCAUGAAAUCGUGAGCAGUGGCUCUUCAGAUGGUAUUCUUCGUAAAUGGGACUUGCGCAACCCAACGUCUUCCCCGAGAAAACGAUCCAAGAAACCGAGUCCUGUCCUUCCAAUAGAUUCUGCGGCAGAAGACCUUACGGCGGUUACAUACGGAGAACAACCUGACGGCUUAACUAGCACGCCAACACGCAGGGCUCGAGGAAUCGCUUCUCUUGCCUUCGGUUCGGGACCUAGCGCUGGCCGCGUAUUUGCUCUAAGCAAUGAUUCGCGAAUACAUACCUACAACGCCUCCGGAGCUGCUGGCGUACCGCUCGGUGUACCACAGGCAGAUCAGGCAUAUACACAUCGACACAUGGCGACAAACUCCUUUUACGUGCGUACGGCAGUGAGUCCCUGUGGUCGUUGGUUAGCAAGUGGAGGCGCAAACGGUUCGGCCUUCCUAUUUGACGUUGGUGCUGACCGGUCAGAUAAGCUUUGUAUGGAGGGCGUUGAAUUGAGAGGCCAGGAUGGAGAAGUUGGUGGAGUUGACUGGGCUGAUGGAGCAUUGGCAACAUGUGCUGAUGAUGGAACCGUGAGGAUUUGGAGACCCGAUACUGAGAGGUAUAGAUUAUGCACGGAUAAUCCGGAGGAAGCCAGGUGGGAUUGGUGUUGGGGCAGGGUGUAA